AUGGAACCCGAUAAAAUUGGCGAAGUUUUUGUCACCUAUUUCGUUGCUUUCACCACAGUCUUCACUUUUCCAAUCUAUUUGUAUACCUAUCGGGUCAAUGAGAAGAACGACAAAAAAUUGCCGAUUUUUCCGUUCGUCCAACAAUUUUUCUAUAUCGCUUUGAUUAUUGAGAUCACUUUCACGCUCAAUUAUAUUCUUUUGGUUGUCAGAAAAAUUAUAGAAAUUAUUGGGUGAGUUAGAGGAAGUUGUGGGGAGAUGGAGCCUGAAAAAAUUUCGGAAUUCGGAGAGCAAAAAUCGGAAGUUCUGGUUUUGAUUUCAAUGAACGUUGAGCACUUCCCGAUUGGAAAUGUCAAACUGAAACCAUUUUGAAAUAAAAUUCGCGUGGCACAUAAUUUUUUCAAGUCGCGAAAAGCAAAUCCACAGACAUUUUUCAAAAAUGUUUUCACGCAAAUCGUGUGAUUUUCAGCUACGAUGUUUCAACAAUAACCUCAAUCAGCGAUUUUUUUCUCAUAAUACAUCACGGUGAAAUGCGAAUCCUUCCCGCCAGUCUCUCACUUCUCAUGUUUUUCCUCUCAAUCCAGCGAUUUGUCAUAUUUUUCAUUAUAAAAUAUGUGACAGUAAAACGAUCAAAAAUUUUGAAACUAGCCUAUUUCAUUUAUUUUUUUGUGAUCGGCACGAAUAUUUGUUGGGAAGGUGAGUUGAAAAAUUUAGAAAAAAAAAUUGGUGGAAAAUUGAAAUUUCAGCGGUCUGUCGUUUGGUGAAAUCAUUGGGCACAGAUUUUUUAUUUUGCAAUAAAUUUAUUUCGGGGAAUUUGGUGAGUAAAAACUUUUCUAGAUUCCAGAAAAGCUCGGUGAUUUUCCAGUUCACAUUCUACCUCUCCUACCUAGGAAUCACAAUCGCAAUGCUAGUUUAUAUCUCAAUUUCAAUAAGUGUUCGAAACAUUCAAAACAACCACGAUAACUCAAGAAAUCGAAUACAACAUUCUGCUUAUAUCAUCUCUCAGACAAUUCUAGUUCUAAUUAUCAAAACCGUACUUCUCAUCACCAUCAUUUAUCCCAUAGAUUUUGAAAAAUAUUAUCCGAACUAUCAAAUUAUACUGGAAUACGCGUUUACACCGAUCUUUAUUCAUUUUUCCUAUAUUUUCACAUCUCGAAAGAAUUAUCAGAUUGCCAAGGGAUUUCGAUUUUCAAAGAGUUGUUUUAGGAUUAUGUUUGGGUAUAAGAAGAAUCAGGUUUAUACUAACCAAUAUAGUUAA